GCGGCGGCCGGCCGGGCCGCGCGGCGCAAUACACGUUCCUCGUGCUCUUGUGAUUAUAAAUUUUAAUAUUACAAAAAAUUCAAAAAUCUAAAUUUUUAAAUUCUAAUCGCGUCUAAUUGAAGAUAUUUUUAGGCUAAAUUCCCUUCACUUUUUACUUAAACCGUCGGCGGCGGGAAAAGUUUUGCGAAAUUUUUAAUAUUUAUGUCGGUUACAUUUUGUGAGAGAUUAAACUUUUUGGCCGUUAAAAGAUUUUUAUUUGAAAAUUUAUUUUUUCUAAAACGACGACACCUCGUGUGACAACCGAUAGAUAAUGUUAAGCGUUGAAUUAAUGAUAAGUUUAAUGAUUGACUGCCACAAGUAAUUGUAGUACAUCGCUAGUUAUAUACGAACUGGUGUGACUUUACGAACAAUCUUCAUCUAAUUUUGUGCUACAUAAGAGACUAUACGUCGACAAAAGAUCAAACUCAUCAAACAUACGGACGCGUGAGUUCGGAAUUCCACUUCCUCAUUCCACCAACCAGUCAGCCUCUGGCAGAUUUCUUGUUGGAUAAGUGUUCAAAAUCAUAUUAAUGACCGGGCGAUGCGGCUCGAGUAGCGCGGUGGGGCCCAGCCCGCCGCCCGUCCGGCCAAUUGGGGCCCGCGUCGCCUAUGAUGUCAUCGGAGGAGGAGGCCGACUCACACGCGCCCUACUCGGAUAAACUCCUAAAGAAACAGAAACGCGUCAGACAGCGCGUGGACGCCGGGGAGCCGCGCAAUUCUUAUUCAACUCUCGCGUCGAACGGACCCGCGCCCGCGCGCGCCGCACACAUGAGUGGCGGACUUUACGGGGCCAUCUUCGAGGGGGGUCGCCAACAUUUCGGACUCUUCGGUCCCUGCUACGCACCGGCCGAAAUGCUCAAUGAAUUAUUAGGCCGUGCGCCAAAGCAGGAGGAUGCCGGCGACGAAACCAACGGAAGUGAUAUGUUGCGGGAUCGUGUUUUACGAGAUAUCCUGCAGAGUCGCAAAAAGGAAUUACUGCGAUUGUCACCGGAUAAUAACAACGUGCUAGCGAAUAAUAAUAACGACGAACCGAAGGCAGAAAAACAGUCUCCGGAGCGACCCGCUUCGCGAGAUUCUCGGGCCGAUCUCGAUGACGCGUUGUUAAAUUUGGACAGUGCUGGUGAUUCGCGAACUUCUCCAUUACCUGCUGCUCAAUCUUCUGAGCCUCUUCUCGCUCCUAAAUAUGAACCUGAGGACCGUGAUAGUGACGCUCAACGUGCAUCUCCGCGACCUUCCGAUGUGAAACGUGCUCGUGUUGAAAAUAUUGUGUCGACGAUGCGCGCCAGUCCCGCACCUCAGCAGCCCCAGGUGAACGGUUGUAAGAAGAGAAAACUUUAUCACCCUCAGCAGCACGACGGUGGAGCUGACAGGUAUGUUAAUAGUCACGGUAGUAGUGCUCAGACUGUAUCGGAGGAAUCCGAGGACGAUGGUGAUCGACCACCGAUUCAACAAAAAUUAGUGGAAAAGAAUGCUUUAAAAACUCAAUUAAGGACUAUGCAAGAACAGCUUGCGGAAAUGCAAGAAAAGUAUUUGCAAUUGUGCAAUAGAAUGGGUCAAGAAUCGGAGACGAUCGACAACGACGGUGCUUCUAGUGAUGUAGAACAAAUUGAUGACCCAGUGCCUAAAUCUGAGCCAGCAUCACCUGUCAAAGAGGUUCCACCGCCGAUACCUAGUAGUGCAGCACCGAAUAUGCUGUCGCAAGUUAUGAGCAAAAUGAUGUCUGCCAAAAUGCAAGCUCAUACUGCUGGCCAUCCUCAUCUACCUCCAGGGUUCAACGGCAGCCUUCCGCUCAUGCCACAUUUACCACCCGGUGAUCAUAUGCAUCCACCACAUCCGCAUCAACACCUGAAUAACGCAGCGGCCAUGUACCUUAAUGUGAGUCAGAAGCUCUUCCUAGAACAAGAGGCUAGAAUGAAGGAAGCGUCAGAACAACAACAAAACAAUCAACAAAGACUGCAAUCAAAUCAGCACUCGCCACAACAGAGACCUAUGGGGCAAACUCCAAAACCGCCCCUGUCUUCGGAGUUGGCUGAAAGGCUGGAUGCACUACGAAACAGCUCUGGAUCAGUCGGUCCAGUGUCGGGUGCCGAUUUAGAAAGUUUAGCAGAGGUGCUCAAAAACGAAAUCACGGCAUCUUUGGCUACGCUCAUUGAUUCUAUUGUAACCCGUUUUGUGCAUCAGCGACGUAUAAUGGGAAAACAAUCGGAAGCGGCGGCGGCUGCAGCCGAACAGCUAAACAAAGACUUGAUUCGAGCAACACGGCUAUUAGAUAGAAAAUCUCCACCUCCGAAGGCUCCAGAGCGACCGUCAGGACAAAUGUCAGGUAACCCACCCGUCCAUCAUCCAGGUGCGCCUAACGGCGUUCCGUUUAUGACGAAUAACCCAAUGUUUAUGAGUCACUUAAACGGUCCCCGCGCGCCUGGUUCCUCUUUUCCUCUACACGGAGAGGGGGGCGGGCCAGGCCACGGAGCUCAUAUGAGACCUCCUGCAGGAAUGUUCCAGACCCCACCGAAGCCGCUGCAAUCGCACUUUGGGCCCAUGAACGGGCACUACGAUCGAGAGUCCAACGACCCCUCGGAGCCCCUGAGUUUGGUCGUGACUCCGAAGAGAAAACGCAGCAAGGUAACGGACACUCGCAUCACACCGAGAACGGUUAGCAGAAUUUUAGGCGAGGGCGUGGGGCAGUCGCCAGAAAACAAGUUUCCGGAGUCACCAUCGCCGAGACCCUUCCACGGGGGGAUGGCUCUCCCAACGUCCGUGGCGAUACCGAACCCCUCGCUACACGAGAGCCAGGUGUUCUCGCCUUACUCGCCGUUCUUCGGGGCGGGCGGCGGUCUAGCCCGCUCGCCCCCGGCGCCGGAGCGGGACUCGCCGCCGCUGCCGAACGCACCGGCCAUGCUGCACCCGGUGCUGCUGGCGGCGGCGCACCACGGCUCGCCGGACUACCUGCGCCCGCACCACCCGCACGUGCCGCACCACGCCGCCGCGCCACACCACCCGCAGCACAUGGACGCCCAGGACCCGCACUCCGACUGCAACUCCACCGACCUGCCCUACGACGGAGUUCAGCCUACUUCCUCCACCCUGACGCCGAUGCACCUCCGCAAGGCGAAGCUGAUGUUCUUCUGGGUGCGGUACCCGAGCUCGGCGGUCCUCAAAAUGUACUUCCCCGACAUCAAAUUCAACAAGAACAACACGGCUCAACUCGUCAAGUGGUUCUCAAACUUCAGAGAGUUCUACUACAUCCAGAUGGAGAAGUACGCGCGGCAGGCGAUCAGCGAGGGGCUGAAGGCGGCGGACGACCUGCACGUCGCUGGCGACUCGGAGCUAUACCGAGUCCUAAACCUUCACUACAACAGAAACAACCACAUUGAAGUUCCACCAAACUUCAGAUAUGUGGUGGAGCAGACGCUGCGCGAGUUCUUCCGCGCCAUCCAGGGCGGCAAGGACGCGGAGCAGAGCUGGAAGAAGUCCAUCUACAAGGUGAUCUCGCGGCUGGACGACCCCGUCCCCGAGUACUUCAAGUCACCGAACUUCCUGGAGCAGUUGGAGUGAGCGCCAAAUCGCCUCGGCAAACGUUUCGGCUGAACUAAAUUUUGCAUUGGACGAUCGUUUCGCACACCAAAAUUUUACGACACUCGCAUUUAGGCCUUCAGAUUCAAAAUUAUUGAUAAAAAAGUUUAAUUAAAUUAUAAAAAAAUUGAUUUGGACGUUGGACGUCGGGCGACAGCCCCGCGCGCGCUCUCUAGGAAAUUCAUUAGGUUAUAACGAGUAAGAGAAAAUUUAAGUCACCUAGAAUUUUAUUUGUGCACAUAUAAUAUAUUUCGCUAUAUAUAAUUAUUAUUAUAUUAUUAUUAAGUAUUAUCGUAAAUGGUUUUUAUAGUUAUGUAUAUCUUAAAAUCAUUUAUUGAUUUAUUCAUUAAGGAAAAAACGAUUAAUAUAUUAACUGCUUAAGUUUUUAA